UCUCUAAGUCGAAUUUAAAGGCCUUUUUCCUUCAUUCCUCCAAACUUAUUCCAAAUUCAACUUCGAAGAUCAUCACCAUGGUAAACUUGGUUGCAGCUCAACGCCCACUCUUACAUGCUUUAAUGAAGAUGGCUGGCGUCGUACCUUUCUCCGUCGACAUUGAGCCUGGCACCGUCAUGAACUUCUGGGUCCCUCUCGAGGCUCUCCCUACGACCAAAAAAGACCAGCCCCCGAAACCACCCAAAAAACCUAAAAAGCCUGUUGUUGUCUUGAUUCAUGGAUUUGCAGCUGAAGGUAUCGUCACUUGGCAGUUCCAGGUGGGUGCUCUUUCCAAACAAUACUCUGUCUACGUGCCAGACCUCAUUUUCUUUGGCGGCUCCGUCACCGACAAAGCAGAGCGGUCACCGGCGUUUCAGGCGGAGUGUUUGGCAACAGGGCUGAGGAAGCUCGGGAUUGAGAAAUGCACGGUGGUGGGGUUCAGUUAUGGUGGGAUGGUGGCAUUCAAAUUGGCGGAGCUCAGGCCAGAAUUAGUGGAUGCGAUGGUGGUUUCCGGUUCGAUUUUGGCAAUGACGGAUUCAAUCAGCGGCGAGACAUUGCAAAGAUUAGGGUUUGAGUCCUCGUCGGAGCUGUUACUUCCAACGUCGGUAAAGGGUCUAAAAGCUCUUCUCUCCGUCGCCGCUCAUAAAAAACUCUGGUUUCCUGAUCGACUCCAUAAGGACUUUCUUGAGGUGAUGUUCAAUAACAGGAAAGAUAGAGCAGAGCUCCUUCAAGGCUUAAUUAUCAGUAACAAAGAUACCGUAGUUCCUAAGUUUACUCAGAAGAUACAUCUUUUAUGGGGCGAAAAUGAUCAGAUUUUCAAGGUGGAGCUUGCUCAGAAACUACAAGAAGAACUGGGAGACAAUGCAACAUUUAGAGGCAUACCGAAGGCGGGUCACUUGGUUCACUUGGAACGACCUUGCGUCUACAAUAGGUGUCUCAAGCACUUCCUUGCUACCAUGCAUUCAAAUGCACAAACUAAAUGAGUUGCCAAACAAAUUGGCUUCUUGGUAUUCUGUUUUUCCAUUUUUUCAAAACAACAUUCACAUUUAUGUGUAGAUCAAAUAAUAGCACUUUUUUCAUAGCGAAUGAUUUUUACCAACCUUUAUCAAUUCUUGAUGUUUUGACAAUGAGGAACAAAAAUUGGUAAUCCGUUUUCAUCAAACUUUAUCACUGCUUUUUGGUAAUCAAUUUUUGGACGAUAUCGAUCCAAAUAACAAAUCUCUAAUUGUUAAGAAUAUAUACUAUACUUGAUCUUGGGCAAAAGGCCAAGAAAGGUAUCCACAUAUCUACCUGUAAUAUUGGAAAGUAUAACAACCAAUUUAUUAAAUUACCUGUUGAGGACCCCAAAUUAAUAAAAUGAUUGAGCGACCUCACAAUCUUUACAAGAAA